AACACACGCCAUCUUGACAGCACCCUCAAAAUGGCAGAAAGAUGUGAGCUAGAAACCGAGUCCGGACCAAGAUUCCUGCUCUCUGUUGUUUAAAACCAAACUCGCCAGUUUCUCCUGAAACGAGUGGUUAUGGGGUUGGUGUCCAGCGCGGCAUCACAGAGCCUGUAAAAUGGACAUAACGACAGCGGUUUUCAACGCGGCCAGAGAUGGUAAGCUAAAACUUAUCCAGAAGUUGCUGAGCAACAAAACUGCUGAGGAGCUGGAGGCUUUAGCCGAGGAGAAAACACAGGGUGGCACCCCUCUGUUGAUAGCUUCUCGAUACGGACAUUUAGAGGUUGUAGAUUACCUCCUCGAACAUUGUAAAGCUAAUGUCGAACUCGGGGGUUCGGUUAACUUUGACGGCGAGACCAUCGAGGGGGCUCCGCCGCUGUGGGCGGCUUCGGCAGCCGGUCACCUCCCAGUGGUUAAGACGCUACUGAAACACGGUGCCUCAGUGAACAACGCAACACUAACUAACUCAACGCCGCUCCGAGCUGCCUGCUUUGACGGUCACCUGGAGAUCGUCCGCUACCUGGUGGAGCACAGAGCCGACAUGGAGGUCGCCAACCGCCACGGCCACACCUGCCUCAUGAUCUCCUGCUACAAGGGCCACAAGGAGAUAGCCAAGUUCCUGCUGGACCGCGGUGCUGAUGUCAACCGCAAGAGCGUGAAAGGCAACACCGCCCUCCACGACUGUGCAGAGUCAGGUAGUCUGGACAUCAUGAAGAUGCUGCUAAAGUGCAAUGCCCGCAUGGAGAGAGAUGGCUAUGGCAUGACCCCACUCCUCGCUGCAAGUGUAACAGGCCACACCAACAUUGUGGAAUAUCUCGCCCACCAGCCCCGCACCUCUAGAGAGGAACGGGUUGAUGCACUUGAACUCCUUGGGGCUACUUUUGUGGACAAAAAGCGGGAUCUCUUAGGUGCGAUGAGGUACUGGAGAAGGGCUAUGGAGCUGAGGCAGCCAGGGGACAAAGCUGGAUGCCUGGCCAAACCUCCACCUGGUCCCCCAGUCCCUGCCUAUGGCUGCGCACAGGAGGUGAGCACAGCAGAGGAACUGGAAGCUUUGAUCACAGACCCAGAUGAAAUGAGGAUGCAGGCUUUGUUAGUCCGAGAGCGCAUUCUGGGGCCAUCCCACCCAGACACCUCUUAUUACAUCCGCUACAGGGGGGCGGUGUAUGCUGACUCAGGCAACUUUGAGCGCUGCAUCAGCCUGUGGAAAUAUGCUUUAGAUAUGCAGCAGAGCAACCUGGACCCUCUCAGUCCCAUGACAGCCUCCAGUUUCCUGUCCUUUGCAGAGCUCUUCUCUUUUGUUCUUCAGGACCGGGCCAAAGGCACCUUGUCAACGCGCAUCACCUUCCACGAUCUGAUGACUGUGCUGGGGAAAAGCGUGAGGGAGGUAGAGAGAGCUGUGGCACAGAAGGACAACCCUCCAGAGGCUCCUCAAUUCACCAAGGCGCUUUCCAUCAUCCUCCACCUGAUCUUUCUGCUGGAGAAGCUGGAGUGCAGCCCGGAGCAGGAGCACCAGAAGAAGCACACCGUGUACCGUCUGCUAAAGCUGAACCCUCGAGGCCGGAACAGCUUCACUCCUCUCCACAUGGCUGUAGACAAGGAAACCACGUCUGUGGGCCGCUACCCGGUUGGCCGCUUCCCCUCCCAGGCGGUGGCAGCGCUGCUCCUAGAGUGUGGUGCAGACGUUGAUUCGCGGGACUGUGAGAACAACACACCGCUGCACAUCGCUGCAAGCAACGGUUGCCCUGAGAUUAUGGCGCUACUUAUGAAGGCUGGGGCUCACUUUGAUGCUACAAAUGCACAGAGGAAGACAGCUUACGAGCUGUUGGAUGAGCAGAGCAGCGGGCACCCGGCCCUCUACCCACUGAACUACGUCACCCUUCAGUGCCUGGCGGCGCGUGCAAUUGAAAAGCACAGACUGCCCUACAGGGGACUCAUCUCCGAGGAGAUGGAGGCUUUCAUCGAGCUGCACUGACUUCCACUGCUCCCCACGGAUGAGGAACCCCUGCACUACUCUUCCUGUUGUCCCCCAUGUUUUACUAUGACCUGCCACAUCAUUCUCUUCAUGUUUGUCUCUUUUUGACUCAUGCUUUGCUCCUGGCCCUGCCAACCUUGUGUCAGACCAAACCAUAGCAAUAAGAAUCCAGCCUCUGUCCUUAAAUCUCUGGCUGAGAUCUGGUCAGUUUUCACUUUGUUUUAACGUCAAGUCACAUGGACUUUUAAAUUGAUUGGUGGUUUUUGUUGCUUUUUAAAGCUGGGUGUAACAACUUGAUACAGGCUUGAAUGCAUUUUCUCCCACUAAAAAAGGAGCAUGUCUGGUCCUUAUGUGUGUUUGAUGGUGUAUGGACUGAAUGAGAGAUGGGUUUUAACGUUACUGACAGGAAGCAUCUGAUCAAACUAGCCAGAUAACAUGCAUGAAAAUGAAGAGUGAAUACGAUUAGCUCACUUGCAGUUUUGCAUAUUCAUUCAGAAAGGAUGUGUUUGAACUAACUCACAGCUCAAACUCGCUUGCCGGUAAUUUUUGCCUGGUUCUACAUAUUCACCAUCUGCUAUGCUUCUUUGAUAUGAGGAAGGUGUUGAAUUUACUGUGCCAAACAUCAGCCAUGGAGCUAAGUUCUGUUACAGACCGCAAACCGAUGGCAAAAUGAGAAGCUUAUCUUCUAAGUUAUAAGCCGAAGUAAAAACCUAAAGUGGGGACUUUCAUGCAGCUCCUAGUUCCAGGAGAUCAGCAACUCGAGUUCUUUGAUAUUUCAAACUGUGACAUGAUUUGACUUUUAUGAGACUGAGGAUGAGUGGGGAAAAAAAGCUGGUACCAUAGUUUGGCUAACACUCCUCAGACUCCACACAGACAUUUAUAUCCUAUGCAUUUUGUGAUAUUCCAAUCAGAGGCAACUUUUUUCAAGCAAAAAUUCACUGCAUAAACAGAUUUUUACAUGGGAUUCUACUUUACACUAUUUUACAUGUUUACCUUAACAUGAUAUUGAGCCCUGUCCGGGGCUGCUUCACUGACAAUGAAUUUGUAUCUUCUGAAUUUUUGAACUAUGAAUGUUUUCUUAAAAUUUCUGCCUAUGUCCAAAUGAACAGUGUCGAGCUAGAGCCUAAAUUGUGCCUACAUAACUGUAUUUCUGGGUAAUGUUAACAUUAACAAAGAUAUUCAGUUUAUUGUCAAAGAAGCAGCUUCAGAAAUUGGACUUCUGUGGUGACAACAACAGAGCUUACACCCUCCUGUUUGCAGUCACCCAUUUUGGACACAUCUGUCCAAAAUCAUGUUUUAAUUCUGUUUUGGAAUGAAUUUUCCCUUUAACCUCAGAUGCAGUUCACAGAAAUGGAACAGAUGGCUCUCUGGCCAUUCCUGCAUCUUAGUCUUAUUUUUAAUAGUCUCUCUUUUGUUUAUCUUGUGUUAUCAUGAAUGUUUUAUUUGUCUGUCUGUGCUAAGCACCACCAAGUUGAAUGCACACUGAGAGGCUCUAUAAAUCCUAAAUAGACAACUUACAUUCAGGCUAUGAACUGUUGCUGCCUUUGUCUUUCUCAACUGAUUCUUUUAACUGAUGAUAACUCAAGAACAAAAGUGUGUUGGAGAUACUUGAAUAAAAUUCAGUAUCACAACAGGA